AUGGCUCCGGAUGAUCCAGAUGGUCAGCCAAGGAUCUGCAUCGCCUUGCCGGAAGCCUUAGUCGAACUUGCUCUGAGGGGUGAGUGGCGUGAUUUGGUGCUUUUGCGCCGUUGGCACACCUCAGCUCUUCAGAGACCGCUCUUUCCUGAUUGGCCCCCUGUGCAUUGGAAGCCAGAUGCAGUGCCCGAGCCCCCUACAGUGAUGUGCGACUUUGACCAACAUGCCAUAGGACAGCUCAUCAAUACGAUUCAUUCCUGGGCACCCUUUCUUGAGCGAGCAGUUGUGGCAGACCCCGACCCAGAUGAGGAUGUAGAUAUGGAUUCAGAGCGCAACAUUAUUGCAGGCAUGACUCGUGUUGUGACCGUGCUGACUUCUUGGCAAGAUGCGCUAGCAGGUACCCCAGCAACAUCGCUUGGCAAAGGAAGUCGUAUGCACAGUGCUGCGAAGCUGCUCAAGUAUUUGCGAGCAUCUUGGUAUGCUGGAAGCACCAACCGCCUCGAUGUGGUGAUGAAACAUUCGAUCCUUGCUGCGAUGCCCAUGCCUGUGGCAGCAGGUUUGCUAAAACACCUAGAGACCAAGGCACUGCACCCUUCGAAGUGGAGUUUGAAGCGAUACCGUCUUGCUUUGGAUUUGGCUUUCUUGUUGGUUUCACAAGAGGACAUGGAGAACCAGGCUGCCAAUGACCAGGGAUGCGUGAGGUCCUUUGUGAGUCUUACAACGGACUUUGGCACUGAGAGUGCACUAACUUACUACAGGGUUUCCCUCGCGAACUUGUUUCCAUCUUGGCGUGACUUGUGCCCGGUCGAAGUGGACGGCGAAGUUGAGGAUGACGCUCAGCCCCAGGGCGAAGUUGUUCCAAAUUUGGAUGUGGAUCGAUAUUUCCUCGAGCAGGCGUUGCCAGUGAUGGGGAUGCAGCACUGUGUGCAUAAUCUUCUGCAUGAGGUGCAUACAGCGUUGCCUUUCUGGCGAGAACUGUGGGAUGACUUGAAGAACCUGGAGGGCUUAUUGAACUGGAACUUUCGUCGUAGAAGGUACAUUGCAACUUGCCUUCGUGGUACGCAAUUUGAGGGUUUGGCGGAUAGUUUUGAAUCGUUCAAUCAGUCGCUUUAUAAGCUCGGUGGCAUGAAGUAUCCAAGUUUCUUGUCAGUGUCGAACCACUGUUGCCUGUGCUUCGUUCAACUUGGGACGCCCAGCGCUUUCAGAAUGUGGAUGUGGUUGGUGGAGGGGUUUGCUGCUCGAGUUGGGAUGUUGUGCCAAUUGGAAAGAUUUCCCGAGAAGCUUUCCGGUUGGGCAGAGGACUGCCCGUGCCACUCAGGCGUGUGCGGAAACAUGACCCGGUACACUCGCACCAAGCUCCUCAAGGAACAUUUCUCGGGAGUGCCCGUCUGCCCCAUGGCAGGAAAACGAGCUCCCGAAGUGGCAGCUGGAUGCAUCCCAGCCGUGUUUGACGCCAUUGCAGGGCAGGCAUUGACUGAAGUCCUGCUUGCCUCGCCGCUGCCGCUUUCUGCAGAGCAGCAAGCCGUGCUUGUUUCCGAAUUCCACGGCGCUCGUGAUCACAUGAGGCUUGUCCUGCUGUCCAAGCUCGCCCGUUGGCAGAGACUGCCGUGGCUUCUGUGCGGUUUAGCUCACCCCGACGAGGAUGUGGGGCGGCGAAUCGCGCAAGACAUCAAGGACAUGCUGCAGCAAUCACCUAACCAUGUUUUGCAUCACCGGCUGACGAAGAAAUUCCUUUCGGAUCCUUUGCGUGCAGAGCUGUGUCGGUUUGCUGAAGGGGAACGUUUUAUCAACUUGAGUCGUGAUUUUCAAUUGGCCGUGGCACCUCUUCAUUUCAUCCCAGUGGUCGAAAGCAUCAUUGAGUCCAAGCAUGCUGUAACUACCAGACUACGCAAGCGAAGCACCCAUGCCGGCCCAGUGCAGGUCAGUCUUUACAACCGCAUGGUCAUUUUGGAACGAAGAUUUGAAAGAGAGGCAUCAUGUGACCCUGUGAACAAUUUCUUUGACAGGAUGAGUCAGGCUUUGGCACUGUCAAGGCGUUUGGGAACAAUGCCUGCCAAGCUGGGUUUGCGGCGCCACCCGCUGCUUGUUGAGUUGGAGAACAGGCGUGGCCGUCAAGACGUCAGUGCUUACUUGCAAAAGCCUCUCACAGCCGCCAUCUACCGUACAGACAUGGAUAGCCAGUUCAUGUCCUUAGCAGAGGCCAGGAAACAACACUCCCAGUAUCACAAGCGAAAUCAGGAAGAGAUGAAAUCUGCUAUGGCAGAUGCCAGUGCACAGGGCCGGCAAGAGCCUUUGUCGGAUGUCGUGAGGCAAGGCCUCAUCUUGGACCAUUUCCGUUUUCUCGGAGAGGUGAAGCCUUCAGCCAGCGAUGCGACGGUCUUGUUUUCCGUGCCUGCCAGCUCGAGCUUUGCGUUGCAAGGUUUGUCGGAUUUCUUCAGCAGGCCUGAGCAGAGAGCGAUGAAGCCUCAUUUGGGCCAAGCUUUGGAGUGUGACCAUGAAGGAGAUGGUGAUGAUUCCAUGCCAUACUUUUUCACAUUAACCAAAGCUAGGCCAAGCAACAACAAACGUAUGUAUGUUCACCCUGGGGCCGGCCAGUCGCUGAAACCUGAUCAUGUCGCAGUUGCUUUGCAACCGGCUUCUCGUGGUGAGUCGGGUCAGUUUAUCGUUUCAGCCCAACGAGGCGGCAAACAACAAGGACGUGACAAUCUGGCUAUUGUGACCUCUUUAGGCAGCUGUGCGACUGAGAUUGAGUCCGACCUGAAAAUGUGGUCUGUGGCCCCGCAGCUCAGGUAUUCGUUUGAGGGGGGGACAGAGGCUAUGUGCAAGGUUGUCACGAAGAUGGUUGUCGAAGGGUACCGUGUUGACAAGGAUGGUUUUCAUGUGCCAGGCUUCGAUGUCCAGUCUGAGGCCGAUUCGUUGUGCAAACAAGGGCUGAUGGCCUCCAAUUCGCUUGGGGGCUAUGCACUAACUGCGCAAGGCAUGAAACAGCUUCAAGUCCAGUGGUGCCCUGUGGAGCCCCGCAGUGUGUGUGCGAUUCGUGAUGGUCUGGAUCUCAUGCAGAUGACUGCUUAUGAGCUGUUGCUAAAGUUAGAAGAUGUCGGUUUUCAGUGGAGACAAUGGCCAUCCAAGCAGCAAGAGAGGCGAGAGAUUGCGCCUUACAAACCUGGGGAAAGCAUGUUCUGGUAUUCCACGCAUGCUGUGCCUCCAAAGUCUUACUUCUUGGCUUUGCUCCGAGCAGAGGCCAGCGACCAGGGUUGCCACAGCCAGGUGAGUUAA